GAAUUCCUCCAACGCCACCCACAUCCGACAGCCGCGGAGCUUCGGCGGCCGCUGCAAUUCAUCGAGGAGCUCGGCUUGGAGUGCGCGUGUGGCCCGACCUGUACACCGACCUCACCGCUUGUGAAACUUAUGAAAGAGCUACAGACACGCGGCGCCAGCAGCGAAAUCCAGACAUGGACGACGCGGAGUCUGAGGAUUCCUCGCAGCCCGUUGGGCGACACAGCCUGAAGAGGAGCUUCCUGCUCAAGGUGCUGGGGCCCGUCCUGGACUAUGCUGCCGAUUACGAGCUCUUGCAGUUCGUGUUCGACCUCUCUGUCUGGUCCGACCUCGGUGGCAAGCGGAAUGUGCGCCAGGACGUGCCGAUGCGCAUCCUUCUCAAGGGUUGUCCCUUCGUGCCAUCCUACUGGGCCGUUCGUCACGCAGCUCUUCUCGACCUGCAACGCCAGGGACUGCGGCCGCUGGUCUUCAAGACUUGGGCCCCGUACGAGUGGCAGCGGAGUGCUCCGUAUCAUGGCUGGCUCCUGCACCACAUGCGCCACAUGCAUCGUCACCGACAGCACUUGGCGGGCCCGGAGACGCUCCAUCUUGCCCAUCUGCUGACGGAGCUCUGUCGGGAGUGGGCGGCCGGAGGCGCAAUGAAGCGUGGCGCGGCCAGCGCCCGCUGGACGGACGGACAGCUGCUGUCUGGGACGGCAACAGAUGGAACGCCGGGCAUCCAGAACUUCUGCUUCCGCUUGGAGUAUCAAGAUGGCAAACGUAAAGAGGCGAGUCGAACCGGAAGCGGCUUGGAGGUACGCGAGGAGCCGUCCGUCUUUGACAAGGCCGCAGGCACGGUGCGACUGCGCCACAAGGAGCGCGACGAGGCCUUGGGCAUUCGGGCCUACCAGGAGGCGGAGGUGGAGGUCCUCAAGUGCCACGUUGACAACCUUUUCCCACGCACUGGAGCGGAUGGGCGCGGGCUUCUCAUGCGCUACGUCGCCACCUAUGCGCCCAAAUUCAGCGACAGCUUCGCCACAGAGUGGCUUGCCGACGAGGGAAGCACCGGAUACGGCAUGGCCCUCCGCAUUCUGUCGUGCUACCACCCAGGCGAACCAGAAAUGUGGCUCACCCUGGUCUUCGCGCGCAACUGCCCCAUGGCCGGUGGGAAGAUCAUCGCGGCGGAGCUGGUCUCGCCCUUUUCGGACAAGUUCUUUGGCCAGUGGCUGAUGCUCAACAAGCCGUUUCGCAAGGCGGAGGAUCUGCUGGUUCCGGAGAUCUUAGAGAAGGUGCCGGCAAGCCUGGUGGACCGCUACCUCAGCGGGGCCAUCGCCCUCGAAGACGAGGCGCAGGCCCCGCAGGCCCGGCCUGCAGCUGCCAGGGGCCACGCGGAGCGCAUAGAUCCUGGGCUCUUCACUCCACUGCAGACUACGCUCCAUCAGCAAGUGAUGACCAACGUCGAUCUCGUGUUGCAGCUGCGAGCCGCCGAGACGGAGGAGGAAGCAGAAACGCUCAUGUCCGACUUCGAGAGCAACGGCAAGAUCCUCGCCGGCCUAGGCCCGCCCGGUACCGGCAAGACGGUCGUGGCCAAUCAGUGUAUCGAAGAGGCAGUGGUGAGGGGGGCAAGAGUGCUUUACGCACUGCCCACCGGGCAGCUCGCAGCUCGGAUGCGCGUCCGUCAUCCCGAAAUCCAGGUGGACACGUGCCACGGUGCUUUCUGGCUGCACCGACCUCGCGCUGAAGCCGUCGCUGCCCUGACCGAGUACGACUUUGUGAUCGUUGACGAGGUUUUCCAGUUGACCUGCGAGCACUUUGACCGCAUCUGGGAGAUGUUCACUGCCGCCGGGCGCGCGGCGCCCGACUCGCACUGGGCCUGGAAGGACGUGCUCAAGAUCAAGUUCCACGAAGUCAAGCGGUGCAAGUGCCCGGUGCUUGCCCGCAAGCAGGCGGCCAUCCGCACCCACAAGCCUAUGGGGCAAGCUGGCAAGCAGCUGGUGGCUCUGCUCUGCCGCGAACACAAGGCCUGGACUGGGCACCACGAGCCCACGGACAUGGACGUCGCCAGUGUCCUGCACCGCACCAACGGUGAGACGACUUUCGUCACGUGCACUCGACGCGGGGCGGCCUUGCUGAACACGCUGGCUGCAGAGGUGCUGUUCGAGCGGAAUGGUCAGCGACCCUUGGGGCAGGUCCCGAUCGAGUACGACGAGAACCCUGAGAACUAUGACGUCCGGGGCAGGCUCAUCGAGACCCGCGCCCCGCUUGCCGCCCAGCUCGUCCUCUACCGUGGCGCGCGC